CUCUCGCGCCCUUCCCAGCCUCGUUGUGGUGGAAGGCGCCAUUGAGCCGAGCCGUCGCCGGAGCCUGGAGGGAGCCGCCGCCGCCGGGCCGCCGCCAUGGACUACGGGGAGGACAUGGACCGUGAUUAUGGACAUGGAGCCUAUGGUGGCCCAAGACCCAUGGACUCUUACUUAAACCAGUCAUAUGGGAUGGAUAGUCAUGGAGGAGGUGGCGGCAGUGGAGGAGGAGGUGGUGGCGGCAACAGGUUUGGACCUUAUGAGUCUUACGACUCCGGGUCUUCUCUGGGUGGGCGAGAUCUAUACAGAUCUGGCUAUGGUUAUAAUGAACCCGAACAAAGCCGCUUCGGAGGUAGUUAUGGUGGUCGAUUUGACAGCUCCUACCGGAAUAGCCUUGACUCUUUCGGAGGUAGAAACCAGGGCGGGUCUAGCUGGGAAGCACCUUACUCACGUUCAAAAUUGAGGCCUGGGUUUAUGGAGGACAGAGGAAGAGAGAGUUACUCUUCCUACAGCAGUUUUUCUUCACCCCAUAUGAAGCCUGCACCUGUAGGCUCUCGGGGGAGAGGAACGCCUGCUUAUCCUGAAAGUGGAUUUGGAAGCAGAAACUAUGAUGCUUUUGGAGGACCAUCAACAGGCAGAGGCCGAGGCCGAGGACCUAUGGGAGACUUUGGAGGCAUGCAUAGACCCGGAAUUGUUGUUGACUAUCAUAAUAAACCCAGUUCUGUAGCAUUUGCUGCAAGAGGAAUAAAGAGGAAAAUGAUUCCACAGCCAUAUAACAAACCUGGUGGGACAUUUAUCAAGAAACCCAAACUGACAAAACCUAUUAUGAAGAUGAACACGAAAAAUCUACCUAAUUCCAAGCCAGAUGUCAGGAGCGAAGAGGAAGAAAAGCGACGAAUUGAGGCAAGAAGAGAGAAACAAAGGCGAAGAAGGGAGAAAAACAGUGAAAAAUAUGGGGAUGGAUACAGAAUGGCAUUCACUUGUUCAUUUUGUAAAUUUCGAACAUUUGAAGAAAAAGAAAUUGAAUCUCACCUGGAAAGUGCUGCCCAUCAGGAAACAUUGGACCAUAUCCAGAAACAAACCAAAUUUGACAAAGUCGUGAUGGAGUUUCUGCAUGAGUGCAUGGUGAAUAAAUUCAAGAAGACAGCUAUGCGCAAGCAACAGACCAGCAGUCAAUCUGAAAAUGUCCAAGCUGUUGAAAAAGAUAUAAUGGAAGGUGUUACUGCUGAUGACCACAUGAUGAAAGUAGAGACAGUUCAUUGUAGUGCUUGUAGUGUGUAUGUUCCUGCACUACACAGUUCCGUUCAACAGCACUUAAAAUCUCCUGAUCAUGCAAAAGGAAAACAAGCCUACAGAGAACAAAUAAAAAGGGAGAGUGUACUGACUGCUACUAGUAUCUUGAAUAACCCAAUAGUGAAAGCACGAUAUGAACUGUAUGUCAAGGGUGAAAAUCCGUUUGAAAAUAGUGAUCAGACUCAGGAGCAGCAGAUAGAGGAAGAAGACAAGGCUGAUGAAGCUGUUGAGGAGGAAGAGGAGGAGGAGGAAGAGGAGGAAGAAGAGGAGGAGGAAGUGGAGGAGGAAGAGGAAGUAGAGGAGGAGGAGGAGGAGGAAGAGGAGGAAGAAACAGAAGAACAAACUGACUUCACCCUUGACCACACUGGAGAUAACUAAAUGCAGAGAGAGAGAGAAAAUUGAAGUGGGGAAAACACCUUUUUAUUUCUGUUCCAUAGUGGCAAACUGUAAGAUACUUUCAAAAUAGGUUCAAAUAAGAGAGUUGUCUAAAACCCCCCACCCUGUGCAUGCAUUCCAUUAUGUGGAGAAUUUCUGUUUCCCAUUUGUUUAAAAUGAAGUAGAUUAUUUAGUUAAUUUUUUUUAUAGCAAGCCAACUAUUAGAGCUGAUUAAAAGUGGUGCUGUAUAUUUUUUUUAAGUUUCCUUUCUCUUACUUUGCUGUUGAAAAUUAGGUAUAUUAGUUUAUAGUCUAAUCACUUGAAAAAAGGAAAACUCUUUGGGUUUAAAUAGAGUGCUAAAUGGCAUAAAAUAUUAUGUGGCUCAUAAUAUUUACCCCUUAGUGCAAGGAUGGUUACAUUUUAAAAAUUGUGCUGUGAACAUGGCUGGUUUUGUUUUUUUUUUUUACUAAAUUGCACGCUAUAUAUUAGUACGUGUUAUGCCUUGUAGCUUUUUGUGAUAAGAUGUACCAGUUUGUAGCAAUAAAACGUUUUAGAAAUGCCA